GCCCUGCUUAGAAGACAUAUCCAGCUUUAAGGUACAAGCGCUCCGUUAUGUUAACAGUACAAACGCGACGGAGAAUUAAUGUAGAAAAUACACUGCUUUCAAGCUCCUUCUAUACCUAUUCUACAAAUUGUUCUCCGCUUACAUGGGUAAAUUUUCGCGUAACCUACUGGAAGGAGUUGUACUGAAGACAUGCGUACAUUCUUUACCUAGUGCUUCAAAAACGCUUUAAGGCAUCAUUGUUGAGAUGUUAACUGUGCUCAAACGUGGGUUGACCAGUUGUCUGAACACACCUAUACAUCGCCUAAACAGCCCGCAAACCGAUGUGACCCUCCUUUGCUGGGUUCAGUCUGUGCGGAAACACAAAAAUAUUUUCUUCGUUGAUCUUUCUGAUGGACUCUCAUCACAUCGUCUUCAAGCCGUAAUUCCGGCAGAUAAACUGGAUCCACAAGGGAUUCCACUAAGCGUCGGCUGCUCAUUACGAAUCAAUGGUGAUUUGGUUCCAAGUCCUGGCAAGAACCAGAAGCUCGAGCUGGUGACCAAACAGUUCAGUGUUCUGGGAAAAUGCGAUUUAUCGGACUAUCCAUUUCGACCUCGAAAUAAGUAUAAUGUUGACUUCGAGCGAGGUCUACAGCAUCUACGACCUCGACUAGAAAAGUAUGCCGCAGUUCAUCGAGUACGGAACAAACUUAUACACGCAAUGCACUCAUAUUUCCAAGAUCUGGAGUUCUGCCAGGUACAAACCCCCAUUCUUACAACAAAUGAUUGUGAAGGAGCGGGAGAAACAUUUCUCGUACACCACGUCGAUGAUCUAAAACAGGUGCCGGCGUCACAGGUUACCCCACAGUCUAUACCAGACAACACCGAAAAUGAAAACCGUGGACUUCGUAUGCAGCCCACAUAUUUCCCAUCUCAGUGUCAUUUAACCGUUUCAUCACAGUUGCAUCUCGAGGCGCUCAUGCACUCAAUAUCACGCGUCUAUACUAUACAGACAGCAUUCCGAGCUGAAAACGCAUCUUCAAGGAAACACCUCUGUGAGUUUGCGAUGCUCGAAGCGGAGCUGGUCAUAGAGAGCGUCGACGGCCUUAUAGAUUUAAUAGAAGGUUUAAUAAAUCGAGCGUGGCAAGAGGUUUGUCAAAUGGGGGAGUUCAAGACAGUCGGCGAGGAAUGGAGAGACACUGUUGACGCUGUUCUAAAGAACAGAUUUAUUAGGAUGACCUACGACGACGCCCUUGAGGAACUCAAAGUACUUCUUAUAUUGAGUGUUUUAGAUAAGAAAUUCCAGCAUCCGUUGAAAUGGGGCGACGACUUCAAAGUGGAACACGAGAAUGCGCUACUCGAUAUUUAUGCAGAAAGGCCAAUUGUGGUAACACAUUUCCCCAGCAUCAUAAAGCCGUUUUAUAUGCUCGAACGAGAUGGAACGUAUGGUCCGGUCGCAGAGUGUUUUGAUCUGCUGCUUCCUAUAGGCGGCGAAGCUGUUGGCGGAUCGAUGAGGGAAACUGAUCGUACGAAGCUGCUCGAAGUUAUCGAAAAAGCCGGCCUUAAAGGUCUUGAAUGGUACGUGCAACUUCGCGAAUUUGGCACCAUUCCACACGGUGGGUUUGGUCUCGGCGUUGACAGACUUCUACAGUACUUCACUAACACUCACAACAUUAAAGACGCUGUUCCGUUUCCGCGGUGGCAAAGACACUGUCAGGCUUAGCAGAUUAUGCCUGGUUGUAGGAAUAUACUACGGAUUUUUUCAUAUGUAUUGUAAACCUAAUAAACAAUUUUAUUACCUGCUUUCCCUUGA